AUGGCAUCCAAAGAAAAAACAACAUCUGUUGAAGUGACCAAAGGAGCUGAGAAAUUUAUUACGAAUUUCCACAAGAGCCUAGCCGGAAAGGAAUCAGGAAACUUUGUGAGCUCGGGCUUAAGCGCCCAUAUGGUUAUGGCAAUGGCUGCAUACGGCGCCGAUGGAUCCUCCGCUCAGCAAAUGCGCAAAAACCUCCACUUGCCUGAGGAUGACGCCGAUGCCCAUCUGGGAUUUCAAAGCCUAGUUGAUAUGAUGAAUGAGACGCAACAAGUUGACCUGAAAGUUGCUAACAAAAUUUAUGUUGCUGAUGAUCUUGGUAUCAAAGAUGAUUUUAGAAAUAUUACUGACACGUAUUUUCGAUCGAAAAGUGAGACGAUCGAUUUUAAAAUGGGAGUAGAGUCUGCCAAAGCAAUUAACGGUUGGUGCGUUGAAAAAACAAAUGGAAAAAUUAAGAAAAUCGUGAACUCAGAUGAUCUUGACAACACCGUGGAAAUGAUACUUUUGAAUGCCGUGUAUUUCAAAGGAGACUGGUUACAUAAAUUUGAUCCACAAUGGAAAGAAAAUAAAUCUUUUCAUAUUGACAAGGACACUAUCAUCAAUCUUCCUAUGAUGUAUGUGUGCAAACAAUUUUUCUACAAAGAAUUAGACGGAGUUGAUGCUAAAGUGAUUGCUCUUCCUUAUAUGAAUAAAGAUUUUCACAUGGUAAUCAUAGUACCCAACAAAAUUGAUGGUUUGGAAAAGCUUGAGAAAAAUCUCGAGAAAGUAAAUUUUGACUCAUGGUGUUCCACUGAUGUUACAAGAGUAAGGGUAUCGUUGCCAAAAUUUAAAAUUGAAUCAACGCUAGACCUGAAAGACCACUUAAUUGAGUUAGGAAUAAGCAAUGUAUUUACGAAUCAAGCAAAUUUUAAAGGUAUUUGUGAUAAAAAAGUUCGUAUUGACAAAGUAAUACAAAAAGCUUUUAUCGAAAUUAACGAAGAAGGCAGCGAAGCUGCUGCAGUCACUGUAAUGACGUUGUCUGCACGCAGUAUAUCUUUUUCACCACCGCCCGUUGAACUUCCUGUCGACAGACCUUUUCUAUUCAAGAUUAUGUACAACAACAUGACACUUUUUUCUGGUCACAUCAUGAAUCUUUUAAACUAA